UCAUCAAUAUGCCGAGAACAAUUCCGAUUUGGGUACUGCUCAUGUGUAGUGUGGUGAUCGUGGCGGAGGCGAAGCCGAUCUUCGUAAAGAUUUUUGCUCCAAUUGGCGGUUAUUCCAGUGGCACGGUCCGAUCGACGGCAACGGUGGCGCCCGUCAACAAUCAGUUGAUCUCCAAUUUGAUUUCGCAGAAGAUCCAAUUGCUGAAUAGUUUUCUGCAGGCGAAGUCGUCCUUUGGUAGCUUUGGCAUCCGAAAGGACAUCACAUUUACAUCGGGCUCCACGACGACCACGGAGCGACCAGUGACCCUGCUCACAACAGAGGUAAACACAGAUUUUUUACCGGACGUUAGUUCCAGCACUCAAUCUGUGUACACAACAACCACAGAGGGCGAAAUUGCGACUCCGAAGCCUACAGUACAUCCCGUCAAGCCAAUAACAUCGUCAACGCCAGUGAUACCCACGAAGAGCACCACCGAGUACAUCGUGGAGUCUUCGUCGGGAUCUAUCGAUGACUACACAUCUCAGACAACCCCACGCACACCAGCACCCACGCCCACUAGCAAUGGCUACUCCUAUCAGACCCCCACGUCCAGCUCCAUCUCCACCACUGCUAACGCCUACUACUUGCCCGCCUUACAAUAGUAAACGAUAUCUACUCGAAUGUACAUAUGCAAUUCUGUAGGUAUAUAAGGUAUAUAAGUUAAGCACGUCUAUCAAAUGUUUAUCUAUUAAUUGAUAAUCAAUCCUAAUCGUUUUAUUAGAAUACAUUUUGAAAUCUUUGAGAGCAGUAUAAUUUGUUGCUUAGUGCGGAAGUGAUCGGACUUCACAGACCUCACACUGCAACUAUUGACAAUGGGUGGUUCUGUGUCUCGAUCAAUUAGCAUAAAAACCAGUUUUACUGAGAAGACGACAGACUCACCAGAAGUAAAAAAAUAUAUAUAUAAAACAA